AUGACGCCGUGCGUUUCGUGCGCCCCCAUUCGCACGGCGCCCUCUUUGUUCCUUCUGCCUCCGCCGUCGUUGGAAUGCUCAGGCUUGUAUGUUCUCGUGUCAGUGAAACUCUUUCCGAGACCCGUAAAUUUUCGGCUCUCUCGCAGUUUAUCUACCGGUGAGAAGGAUCUUGUUGUUAUUGGUUCUGGUCCUGGCGGUUAUGUGGCGGCUAUCAAGGCAGCGCAGUUGGGUAUGAAGACUGUUUGUGUCGAAAAGUAUCCUACUUUCGGUGGCACUUGUCUUAACGUUGGUUGCAUCCCGAGCAAAUCCCUUUUGGGUAGUUCUCAUUACUACGAAAUGUGCAAAUCGAAUCAUUUGGAAUCCCGGGGCAUUGAAUUAAGUGAGGUUAAACUGAAUCUAGCGGGCAUGAUGGGUGCUAAAACAAAGACCGUCGCUACACUCACUGGCGGUAUUGUCCACCUCUUUAAAGCUAAUCAGGUUGAAAGCCUUCAAGGUGUCGGGUCAAUAACAAAGCCCAAUGAAGUUACUGUCACCAAACCUGAUGGGUCUACCGAAGUUAUUAACACCAGAAACAUUCUAAUCGCUACUGGGAGUGACGUCAUCCAAUUCCCUGGAAUAACCAUUGAUGAGAAACAUUUCAUUACGAGCACCGGGGCUCUGUCUUUGGAUAGAGUGCCCGAACAUUUGGUCAUAAUUGGCGCUGGUGUAAUUGGAGUCGAAAUGGGCUCUGUCUGGAAGCGCCUAGGCGCCAAGGUGACUAUUGUCGAAUACCUUGGUCACAUUGGCGGCGUGGGGAUUGACAUGGAGGUCAGCAAACUAUUUGGAAAAAUACUCACAAAACAGGGUCUGAAUUUCAAAUUGAGUACUAAGGUCAUAUCGGCUGAGCUCAAUGGCAAUUUCAUUUCUGUGGCUGUUGAAGGUGUCAAGGAUGGAAAGGCUGAUACAAUUUCUUGUGAUACCCUGCUAGUCGCUAUCGGCCGUUGUCCAUACACAACUGGAUUGGGUCUGGAAAAUGUUGGAAUCGAAUGCGACAAAUACGGUCGUGUACCUGUUAACAACCGAUUUCAAACGAACGUUCCAAACAUUUACGCCAUCGGUGAUGUGAUCGAGGGCCCAAUGUUGGCUCACAAAGCUGAAGAUGAAGGCAUACUAUGCGUUGAGGGCAUGUGCGGUGGUAAUGUUCAUAUCGACUACAAUUGCAUUCCCAGCGUUAUUUACACCAACCCAGAAUGUGCUUGGGUAGGGAAGUCUGAGGAGGAUUUAAAGAGUGCUGGGAUUGACUACAAGGUAGGCAGGUUCCCAAUUUCUGCAAAUUCUCGUGCCAGAUGCAACCAUGAAUCCGAUGGCAUUUUCAAGAUACUGGCCGACAAGGCUACGGACAAGAUCCUCGGUGUCCACCUUCUUGGUCCACAGGCUGGUGAACUCAUCAACGAAGGUGUACUCGCUAUGGAGUAUGGGGCCUCGGCUGAGGAUGUUGCUCGUGUCUGUCAUGCUCACCCGACCGUCAGCGAGGCACUUCGGGAAGCUAAUCUUGCAGCUUCUUUUGGAAAAGCAAUCAAUUGUUAA